AUGCGGUCCACGGCCGGAUUGUGGUGGUGGUUGAUGACACUUGCGGCAUGCCGGGGAAGCCCGGAGGAGCACGUUGACUGGCAUCAGGAUCCUGACGCAUGCCACGGGGGCGGCCGGCCCGCCUCCCGCCACCUCCUCGCCCCCUCCGCCGGCGGCAUCACGGCCCAGGAGGCGCAGGACAUACUCCGCGGCUACAGCAUCGACCCCGGGCCCAUCCUGUACAUGGGCAAGACGGCGGACUGCCCACUGGCCCAGUUGACCACCAACGAGACUUUGACUCUCGUCGACUUCUGCACCAAGGGCAAGAGCAUGCGCAAGUGCCGGGGAAGGGAGAGCCGGAAACCGGGCGAGGCGCUGCCGCAGUUCCAGAUGUCGUGCCGGAACCGGUCCUGCGUCGAGAUCCUCCCGGUGUCCACCACGGCCUGCGUGUUCAAGGGCGUGCUGGACAUACCCCUGGCGCAGACCGUCAAUAAAUCGUGCGAGUUUAAGGUUCCCCAUCUGACCAACGACACGUCGAAGCUGUUCUCUCCAACGUUUUUGACCACGCCCGGCCUGGGCCCCACCUACGACUGCAUCAUCGGCUGGCCCGCCGACACGACGUUCCAGUUCAAGCUGGUGUGCGUGGAUGGCUUCUUUCGGAUCAACAUGACGUACGCACUGGGGGGCGGGGAGCUGGCGCCCCAGGGGGCGGGAUUUGACUGCAUUCGCGAUGUGCGGUGUGGGGGGAGGAAGGGCGACGGGGCGGGCCUCUGGUUCGAGUCGCAGUUUAUCUGCUACCUUCCGAAGGGCAGCGCGGUGGCCUUGACGGGAUCGGCGGCCACCACGGGGAUCCAUCGGACGCCUUUGCUCCUGGCCUGCUUACUGGCCCUCAUGUUCUUGUAG